AUGGCUUCGGUGUUCAUGUGUGGAGUGGAGGAUCUGCUGUUCAGCGGCAGCCGCUUCGUGUGGAACUUGACCGUGUCCACGCUGCGGAGAUGGUACACGGAGAGACUGCGGGCUUGCCACCAGGUGCUGCGGACGUGGUGCGGGCUGCGGGACGUGUACCAGAUGACAGAAGGCAGGCACUGCCAGGUACACCUCCUGGAUGAUCGGAGACUGGAGCUGCUGGUUCAGCCCAAACUUUUAUCAAGAGAAUUGCUGGACCUCGUGGCUUCACAUUUCAACCUGAAAGAAAAGGAGUACUUUGGAAUAACAUUUACAGACGACAUAGGUCAGCAGAACUGGCUACAGUUAGAUCACCGAGUUCUUGACCAUGAUCUGCCGAAGAAACCAGGUGCCACCAUUUUGCACUUUGCUGUGAGGUUUUACAUUGAGAGCAUAUCGUUUUUAAAGGAUAAAACCACGGUGGAGCUGUUUUUCCUGAACGCAAAGUCCUGUGUGCACAAGGGGCAAAUCGAAGCGGACAGCGAAACCAUCUUCAAGUUAGCAGCGCUUGUGUUACAGGAAGCCAAAGGGGAUUAUUCCAGUGAUGAAAAUGCCAGGAAAGAUUUAAAGACCCUACCAGCCUUUCCAACCAAAACUCUUCAGGAGCAUCCAUCCCUUGCUUACUGUGAGGACAGGGUAAUUGAGCAUUAUUUGAAAAUCAAAGGUCUGACUCGGGGUCAAGCGGUGGUUCAGUAUAUGAAAAUAGUAGAAGCUCUACCCACGUAUGGAGUCCAUUAUUAUGCAGUAAAGGAUAAACAAGGACUUCCUUGGUGGCUUGGAAUCAGCUAUAAAGGAAUCGGCCAGUAUGAUUUGCAAGAUAAAGUGAAACCUCGGAAAUUAUUCCAAUGGAAACAGCUGGAGAACUUAUAUUUCCGUGAGAAAAAAUUCGCCGUUGAAGUUCACGAUCCACGGAGGAUUUCUGUGUCAAGAAGAACCUUUGGGCAAAGUGGGCUCUUCGUGCAAACGUGGUAUGCAAACCCUUCUCUCAUCAAGUCCAUCUGGGUAAUGGCAAUUAGUCAGCACCAAUUUUACUUGGACCGGAAGCAAAGCAAAGCAAAAAUUCCUUCAGCCAGGAGUUUAGACGAUAUCGCGAUGGAUUUGACCGAGACAGGAACACCGAGGGUCUCCAAAAUGGUGACACUGGAGGCCAAAAGUCAGUUCAUCAUGGCGAGCAAUGGCAGUUUAAUCUCUUCAGGUUCUCAAGACUCAGAAGUUAGCGAGGAGCAAAAGAGAGAGAAAAUCCUGGAGCUCAAGAAGAAGGAAAAGCUCUUGCAGGAAAAACUCCUGAAAAAAGUCGAGGAGCUUAAGAAGAUCUGUUUGCGGGAGGCUGAGCUCACCGGCAAAAUGCCAAAAGAAUAUCCGCUGAAUGUAGGUGAGAAACCGCCUCAGGUCAGAAGGCGUGUAGGCACCGCGUUCAAAUUGGAUGACAACCUGCUGCCAAGUGAACAGGAUCCUGCUUUGCAAGAACUGGAGAGCAAUUUUCUAAUACAGCAAAAGCUGGUUGAAGCUGCAAAGAAACUUGCCAACGAGCCAGACCUUUAUAAAACCGUGAAGAAAAAACGAAAGCAAGAUUACACAGAUGCGGUGAAAAAGCUUCAGGAGAUUGAAAAUGCGAUAAAUGAAUACCGAAUCAGAUGUGGAAAGAAACCCAGCCAGAAAGCAACUGUUAUUUUACCAGAAGACAUAAUCCCAUCAGAGAGCAGCUCCUUGUCUGACACUACCACCUAUGAUGAUUCUAAUGACACCUUCACUCUUGCCGGGCAGCGACCAAGUUCAGUACCUCAUUCUCCAAGAAUUCUUCCCCCCAAGUCUCUCGGGAUUGAGCGAAUCCAUUUCAGGAAGUCGUCCAUCAAUGAACAGUUUGUGGAGACCAGGCAGUCCAGGGAAAUGCUGUCGACACACGGCAGCCCUUACAAAACCCUGGAGCAGCGGCCCCCAGGCGGACGGAGUAUGCCCACCACCCCAGUUCUGACCCGGAACGCCUACAGCACCAGCCACUUGGAACCCGAAUCUUCAGCCCAGCACUGUCGCCAGCGCAGUGGAAGCCUUGAGUCUCAGUCCCACCUGCUGUCUGAGAUGGACAACGAUAAGCCAUUUUUCUCCCUCUCCAAAUCCCAAAGAAGCAGUAGUACAGAAAUCCUGGAUGACGGGUCUUCCUACACCAGCCAGUCAAGCACAGAGUAUUACUGCGUGACGCCCGUCACCGGCCCAUAUUACACUACCCAGACUCUGGACACUCGUGCGAGGGGCCGGAGAAGGUCCAAGAAACAGAGUGUUUCGACUUCAAAUUCAGGAAGCAUGCCCAACCUAGCACAAAAGGAUAGUUUGAGGAAUGGUGUCUACACAAAGAGCCAGGAACAGCCUUCUUCUAGUUACUAUAUUGCUGGGUACACACCCUAUCCCGAGUGCGAUCUUUAUUACAGUGGCGGCUACGUCUAUGAGAACGACACGGAGGGACAGUACAGUGUCAAUCCUUCCUACCGGGCCUCAGCCCACUAUGGCUACGAGCGCCAAAGGGACUAUAGCAGGUCCUUUCAUGAGGAUGAGGUCGACCGGGUGCCCCACAACCCAUAUGCAACUCUCCGGCUGCCCAGGAAGGCUGCUGCCAAGUCAGAGCACAUCACCAAAAACAUCCACAAGGCCUUAGUUGCAGAGCACCUGCGUGGCUGGUACCAGCGGGCCUCUGGGCAGAAGGAUCAGGGGCACAGCCCACAGACCAGCUUUGACUCAGACAGGGGAUCGCAGAGGUGCCUGGGGUUUGCAGGGCUGCAAGUACCCUGCUCUCCCAGCAGCCGAACAUCCUCCUACUCUUCCGUAUCUUCUACAAAUGCUUCUGGAAACUGGAGGACCCAGAUAGCUGUAGGGCUAUCUGACUACGAGACCCCGGCACAUUCUUCCUACACCAGCUGCUACGGCAACAUCUAUAAUCCUUUGCCCUCCCCAGGCAGACAGUACCCAGAGAUCAGUCAACUGGACAGCACAGAUGGAAGCCGGUUGGAAGACAGCCUGGAGAGCAGGGAGCAGAAGCUCUUUUGGCAUGAAGAUUCAAAGCCUGGAACAUUAGUCUGAACUGCAGUUGGACCUCUUGACCAAGCACUGCAUUCUCACACUAGUGUGCCUUGCAAAAUGUGUUCGUCUUCCCAGAAAGCUAUCCGGCAUUAGAAAGCUAAAGGCAUCCAAGGUCGGAGAGACCCUGAACAACUUGCCUUUCUUGACUCUGGGCACUCACGUGACAGAGCAAGGUGGAGCCGUGGCCACAAAAGGACUCAGCCUUUAUCAGUAGCAAGCACUUUUUAAGGGAAUAAAUGUUGUUGAAGGCAAACCGCAAAACUGUGAAAAGUGCGUUCAGGGUCCCCAACAGGAAAGAAGGACAGGAAAUUUCAGAGCACAAUCCAGAAGGAUGAGGAAAGGGAAA